GGGAUGGCUUCAGGUGUUGAUCUUAGCCUGGCCUUAAGAGGCUUUUCGUUUUUUAAACCUUCCAAAUGAAACAAUCAUCACUAUUUAUUUGAAGAGAGACAGCAUCCAAGUAGGAAACUCAACAUCUGUCCCCAAGAGCCAUACAUGAACUGCUGUCCACUAAUACUAUCCAAGACCUUCAGCUCUCCGCAUCUCUGAUAUCCAAGCAGUCUCUUCGUUGGCCUCGCCAUAAUGUCUCCAAUACACGCCACCCACUCCAUGGAUAGCAAAAAGCUCCCAGGUCAACGGAGCGUCAAUCAUCGAAGCGAAACCGCCCCAAGCAUCGCCUACUCUGAUGCCAGCCGAGAAAAGCACCAGCAUCCGCAAACCCAACCCAAGCCACUACAAGAGCAACAGCAGCAGCUGCAAGACUAUCUUGUUGGAAACAGGAGUUGCAAGCCGACAACGACCCCCAUCGAGUGUUGGCUGAAGGAAGAUACCCGAGAGCAGCCUUGGACUGAUCUCCGUGUUCCAGGAAUUUUACCACAGUCAGGGACAUGGAUUGAGGAGUUAUCACCAGAGGUAGUAGAGCUGGAUGAUUUGACUCUGAACCUAGAUCUGGAGCAGUUAUCGCUUUCCAACUUUGAUGGUGUCGAUGUGGGAAGCGAGUCAACUCCCUGCGGCUGAGGCGUCACCAUUGUUAUCCUCCUCAUCUAACACGGAGUCUUCUUCGUCGUCAAUCACAGCGAGAGGUUGUGACGAGGCGGAACUCCGUUCAUGUUGCUAGUGGAGGGUCUUUGAUGGAUUCAAACGGCCAUUUUACCCUAGGUAUCGUCUGUCGUGCCACUUUGAAUGCAUUCGAUGCGGGGCGUCCUGAGCAUGACAGCGAUUCUUUGAAAGCUUUAACAAAGAAGUAGAAAGGGGAGAUUUGCUUUGAAGAAGAAGAGACGUUCAUUUCGGCUACUCUGAGCGGUAGUGAGGUUGUUACAGCGAUGUAAUGGUUG